AUGCACUCCUUCUUUCAGCCCGAGUCCAGGGCCGAUUCAGAUCCCUUCCAUGCCAUCCCGUCUGCCCCCGCCCCUCCACAACCCACAAUGAACUUUCAACAGUCGAACAUGCAAGUCAGCAUGGACGUCCUAGAGAGCCUCAUGAACAUGCAGGACGGCUCCGGGCAGGCUGCCCUCGCUCAGCAAGCCCAGACGACCCCGCAGGCGCUUCUGGAGCAGCAGAUGCGGCUGAACCAGCUCCAACAGUUGCAGCAACUACAGAAUCAGAUUUUCCAGCAGCAGAUAGAGCUUUUGAGCGGACAGAGCUCCUUCUCAGGACUAUCCACACCGGUAGACCAGCAGAGGGAUCCACAACAGUACGGGCUGCCGACCCCAGCGUCAUCGACCGAGCUCCGCGCACAACAAAGCACUGACUUCGUCUCCCCCAUGAUCCUGCACUCCAGCGCGUCAGCGAUGGGCGGCAUGCAGCAGCAGGGCCCGCAGGGGCUCCCGGACUACGUUACCCAGCACAUCAUCCCGCCAACGCCGCACUCUGCACCCGCGAACCUCGUUUUUCAGACGAACAACCCGUACCCACUCCCCUCACCCGCAGAGCUCGACUUCGGCGACAUCUCUCCACUCACCAGUCCCUGGCUCGGCGCCUACACCAAUGCCUCGCCCAGUACCCGCGGCCCCUCCGCACCUCCCACACGCAAGCGCGUGAACGGCUCGUCCAGCGGCGAGGAAUCCGCCGCGACGUCCACCGCGCGCCCGCCCCGCAAGCGGCAGUCACCCACCGUGCGCACGGACCUCAAGACGCCGGCGCAAGCUGGUGGCGCGUCGAGGAAAGGAAGCCUUCGCGGGUCGCGCUCCGCGAACUCGACACCGCUCUUCCCCGCCGUCGCGCGCCCCGCACGCAACGGUGGCGGUGGAGCGCCCAACCCCGGACAGAUUCCCGCGGACACGCCCUCGCCGAUAGAAAUACAUAUGCCGCCGCCCGCGCACCCACCUCCAGCAGCGCCUACGGGCCUCCUGGGUCCCUCGACGUCUGCGGACUCCGGAACGUCGCCGACGUCGUCCGGGAUGAGCACGCCAACGUCGGCAUUGGCGCCACCCGGGCAUAUUGCGCCUGUGACCCCUGCCAGUAUCAUGAACCUCGGCAGACUAGGCAUCAAUACGUCUACGUCCUCGUCGCAUGCAAGCUCGUCGAGGCCCAAGGAAGGCAAGGGUAAAUCCUCCGAGAAGCGCGGUGCCGCCGCCCAGCCCGCGACAGUUCCCAAGAUGGCAAAUUCGUCCACCUCGAUCAUCAGCCCGAGCUUGAAGCCAAUACGGCCAGCGGGAAAUAUGGCACUAAAUCCGCCGUCGUCGACCUCUUUCGCCCAGCCCGUGAUGCAAGUCCGCAAGUCCUCACAUAAAGCAGCCGAGCAAAAACGGCGCGACUCCCUCAAGACGUCGUUCGAUGACCUGCGUGGGCUGCUUCCGCCGAUCCCAUUGCCCUCAGAAGAGGGGUACCCCGACGAGCCCAUCCUCCCCGGGGCAAUGCCACCGCGGGGCCCGCCGAAGGGAAAUGUCGAGGGUCCGAACAGAGGCGUGAGCAAGCUGCAGUUGCUGCGGUGCGGGAACGAGUACCUCAAGCUGCUCAAGGGCCGUAUCGAGCGGCGGGACGAUGAGAUCUACCUGCUCCGCCAGGAGGUCGCGCGUCUGCGCCUCGCGGCUCCCGCAGACGUAGCCGGGGAGAGUUUGGACCUCGAGAAGGACCUGGAUGCCGUCGAGAGCUCUGGUGCUGGGUUGUUCGUGCGCGCGGGGGUGUCGCCUGACGCGGACGAGGCGGACGAGGAGUAG